UGAAGUUGAAAUGGAGGAGAAAAGUAGCAAACCUGAUGAAGCUGAAAUGAAACAAAUAGAAGCGAAGACUGGAAUAGAUCUGGACACAAUUUUACUAGAAGAUAUUGGACAGUUUGGAUGGUUUCAGCUUCGGACAGUGGCGUUGUGUGCACUUGCAGUGAUAUUUAGUGGCAUCGCUUCCUCAGAAUUUGUUUUCACAACGGCUAGGAUAAACACCAGAUGUCUUAUUCCCGAGUGUGAAUCAGGCGAACAAACCAACGAGUUUUCGCCAUCUUGGAUUACGAAUGCUGUUCCGCCUUCUGGCACCUCAUUCAAUAAUUGCCGGCGCUUUGCUAAUGUUUCUGCCGACAUCUUUGCUAACGCCACUUGCUCCGCUACACUCUUCGACUCUAACCAUAUUGUCGGCUGUGAGGAAUUUGUUUAUGAGAAUACUGACUCCGUAGUUUACACUUUUGGGCUGGCUUGCCAGGAGUGGGAACGUUCCCUUAUUGGGUCCGUGCGUAAAAUUGGCACCCUUAUUGCACUACCCAUCACAGGAUAUGCGUCGGACCGUUGGGGAAGGCAAACAGCGCUGGCCGUCAACGCCCUCAUACGCGCCUCCCUAGGAUUGACUCGUUCCUGGGUUAAUACGUACGUGAGCUUCACUGUCUUACAAUUCUUGGAGUCCGCUUUUGGCUCUGGCGUCUUCACCAGCGCUUAUAUUUUGGUGAUGGAACUCGUUGGCCCACGCAUUCGAGUUGUUGGUGGUGCAUCCAUAAACACAUUCUUCUCUGUUGGCAACGUCUACACGGGUCUAGUUGCUUGGGCGGUUCACGAUUGGCGUCAACUUACCCAGGUCCUGUAUGGCCCAAUGCUCAUAACCAGUUUUUCACUCUGGCUCGUCCCAGAAUCAGUCCGCUGGCACAUGAGCAAAGGUCGCUACAAAGACGCCGAGGGUGUUCUCAAAACCGCGGCUCGCUUUAAUGGAACACGCCUGUCAGAAAAAUCUUUAGAAGCUUUAAGUAAAGCAAUAAAUGAAGAAAAGAGGAAGAAAGCUCUCAAAACAGUUGAAAAACCAAACGAGCCCUGCUUAAUGUAUAAAGUGAUCAGGAAUAAAUAUGUCCUGAUUCGAUGUAUUGUGUCACCCGUUUGGUGGAUGACUUACACUUUUGUGUAUUUUGGCCUCUCGGUCAACGCUGUUAACAUAUCUGGUAACCGGUAUCUGAACUACGUGGCUGUGUCGGCAGUGGAGAUUCCUGGAUACUGGACUUCGAUGUUUUUGUUGGAUAGGAUUGGGAGAAAGCCUGUACUUAUCAGUGCGUUUUGGAUAUGCGCCAUCUGUCAAGCAACAUACAUCUUCCUUCCUCCAGGUUAUUACGGAAUAUCCCUGACGGUGUACCUAAUUGGCCAGUUUGCUAUCGCAAUGGUAACGGCAGCGGUGUACGUGUAUACGGCAGAGCUGUACCCGACCAGGCAUCGCCACAGCCUCUUGGGCUUCUCUUCCAUGGUUGGGAGAAUCGGCUCUGUUCUAGCUCCUCUUACUCCAGCCAUGGGCCAAUCUACAUUCGAGGAACUACCUUUUGUACUGUUUGGAAGCUUUGCUCUCAUCUCAGGCUGCCUUGUAUUCAUCACACCUGAAACACUUGGAGCCAAGUUCCCUGACACCAUGGAAGAAGCGUCGGAUAUUGGCCAAAAGAGAGAUGCUGAAUAA